GGUUCUUCUCUGCCCACGAUCGGCCCAGCCCCCAGCACCCGCCAUGCCCGUCUGCAUCUCGUGCGGCUCAGAGGUUCCAUCGCUCUAUACCAUCUAUGGCCUAAAGCGGGACGGAAAGGCUUCGGCCAUCAAGAGAACCCACUGCAGCCUCUGUGGCAGCUUUGCCGACAGAUACAUCGAGAACGAACUCUUGAUCGUGCUCAUCGACAUGAUCCUCCUCAAGCCCGAGGCAUAUCGCCAUCUGCUGUUCAACAGGAUUCGAUACGAGAACCAGGGCUGGAACACCGAUCUGCUCAAAUUCGGAGUCGUGCUGAUCCUGUUCGAAGUCUAUGUAAAGUGGUAUAAUCUGCAGCAUCGCUUGCCGCUCGAAUACACCGCGCACGAACUCGCUCGGGAGUAUGCCUAUAUGAUCUUCAUUUGCGCAUCAGAAAUCUUGCUGUUCCAUUGCGCCGUGCGCUCCUCGGUGUACUUGAUCUACCGAUGCCCGACACCGACGCUCAACCGCAUCAAUGUCGGAAUCGUGGCGUGCUCCAUGGGGAAGCUCAUGCUGAUUCCGAUGGCUGUAUGGAACUACAACAGCUUUUAUGUCUCGUGGACGAUUUCAUUAUUUGUGAUGCUCAGCCAGUCGGAGGGCCUUGCUGUGUUGCUAAAUGAGCACAAGCCCAGAAGCGUCAUUCCUAUCGUUGCCGCGGGCAUGCUGUGUCGAAUCGCUCUUCAGCUUCUUUGGAUCCGGUGGGAUCCUCGCAUGGCACUUCUGCCUCUGUAGAUGGCCGUGCUACAGGGUGCCAUUGACCAUCUGUUUCAUAUGCCAAGUACCCAGGACCGGUAAUACGGAACGACACACUCGCAUGCAUUCGGAGCGCCGUUGUCGCUACGAAUCUCGCUUGACUUGCUCGAGAGCCUCCUCGAAUGUGAGCUCUGGCUUGCGCCGCGACUCGAUCUCCUAGCAUGCAACCCGCCCACAAGAUUAUUAUCGUUAG